AUGAAUCUAAACAAAAUCAAAAUAAUGAUCAACGAACAAACAGUAAUAAAUAUAGAAGGCCACGCUCUCGAAAACGUCGAGGAAUACAUAUAUCUGGGCCACGCUGUCAGACUGGGAAAACAAAACCAAACAGCCGAAAUAUCCCGGAGAACAAGACUUAGCUGGGCAGCAUUCGGAAGACUAGGAUACAUUUUUAAAUCCCAAAGAAUCCCAAUUAAUCUUAAGCGGAAAGUCUACGAGGCUUGCAUAUUAGCUGUUACAACGUAUGACCACAUUAGAAACGACGAGAUUCAAAGAAGGACAAAGGUAACGGAUGUUAUGAGAAGAGUAGCCAAACUAAAAUGGAGAUGGGCAGGUCACGUUGCAAGGCAAGACCUACCUAGAUGGACUAACAAAAUCAUGCAAUAG